AUAUUUUACGAGCAUGGCAUGCAUUUGAUGUCACUUGUAUAAAUACAUGUACGUGGUCCUCCAUUUUAAGAGCCAAUAAACCAUAGCCAUUCUUCAUUUCUUCUUAAGCUUUUAGCCUUUCGUUUGCCCGUCCAUUUAUCAUUACACAUUUCAUUAGAAAUUAAACGGCCAAUAAUGGCGAAGAUUGCUGUUGGAAGUGGCCGUGAGGCUAUUCAGCCUGACUGCAUCCAAGCCCUCGUUGUCGAGUUUAUUUGCACUUUUCUCUUCGUUUUUGCUGGUGUGGGAUCUGCCAUGGCUGCCAAUAAGCUAAAUGGAGAUCCACUGGUGAGUUUAUUUUUUGUGGCGAUGGCACAUGCAUUGGUGGUGGCUGUGACAAUAUCUGCUGGUUUCAGAAUUUCUGGUGGGCACCUUAACCCUGCUGUCACACUUGGCCUUUGUAUGGGUGGUCAUAUCACUGUCUUUAGAUCAAUCCUCUAUUGGAUUGACCAGUUAUUGGCUUCUGUUGCUGCUUGUGCUUUGCUCAAUUACCUCACUGGUGGAUUGAUAACACCAGUUCACGCACUAGCAGAUGGAGUGAAUUAUGGACAAGGAUUAAUUAUGGAGGUGAUUUUGACCUUCUCAUUGUUGUUCACUGUCUAUACUACCAUUGUGGACCCCAAGAAGGGAAUUAUUGAUGGGAUGGGCCCACUUCUAACUGGGCUUGUUGUUGGGGCCAACAUCAUGGCUGGAGGGCCUUUUUCAGGAGCUUCAAUGAACCCUGCAAGGUCAUUUGGGCCAGCUUUUGUUAGUGGAAUUUGGACUGACCAUUGGGUUUACUGGAUUGGGCCUUUGAUUGGUGGUGGUCUUGCUGGCUUUAUCUGUGAAAACUUUUUCAUUGUUAGGUCUCAUGUUCCACUUUCAAGUCAAGAAACUUUCUAGGUUUUGUAACAAAGGGUCUCUACCUAUUGUGUAGUCUUGGAGUGCUUUGGAAGUUUAGUCUGCCUUGCUAUGCAUGUAAUUUUAUGUUUUCUUCUUGUUAGGUUAUAUCUAAGUAAUAUAACUAUUUAGUACUUG